UCCGCAGGCCUCAGUGCGCUCUUCCGGCCAUUCAUACCCCUAGUCCCUGGGUCUUUGGAGCCUGAAUUCCGUGAACAGUCAGACCAGAAGGAAGGCUACGCCGCUAGGAUGAAGCUCGUGAGAUUUUUGAUGAAAUUGAGUCAUGAAACUGUAACCAUUGAAUUGAAGAAUGGAACACAAGUCCAUGGAACAAUCACAGGUGUAGAUGUUAGCAUGAAUACACACCUUAAAGCUGUGAAGAUGACCCUGAAGAACAGAGAACCUGUGCAGUUGGAAACAUUGAGCAUUCGAGGCAAUAAUAUUCGAUAUUUUAUUCUACCAGACAGCUUACCUCUAGAUACACUACUUGUGGAUGUUGAGCCUAAGGUGAAAUCUAAGAAAAGAGAAGCUGUUGCAGGAAGAGGCCGAGGCCGGGGUAGAGGAAGAGGACGUGGUCGCGGCAGAGGAAGAGGGGGUCCUAGGCGAUAAUGUCUCUCAAGAUUACUGUUCAAAGUGAUAAGGAAUUUGGGGAUAUUUUUUGUACAUGUUUUGUUUGUUUGUCAGUUUUUAAUAAACAUAAGCGUAGGGACAGAGUUGUCUGCUUAUCAAAUUAAAGUUUUAGUGUCUACGGUA